AUGAGCUAUCUCAACCUACCCAACCCGUGCUUGUCAGCAGUACUCUUGACUGUGUCAACUCAUAGCGGGCCCCAGUUUGUCUUCAACUAUCCUCCUGUACCAACCACCAUCGAUACUUCGCUACUGAAAGAUCGUGAGACAGAGCUGUUAUCUGAUUCUGAAAGCGAUUCUGAAUGGUCGUACUCUUCUGAUGAUAGCAACGAUGGGUCUGAUAGCUUAGCAAAUGAGGAAGUAAUUCAGGAGAGUGAUGGUGGCAGUGGUGACAGUAACGGCCGUUCGGUCAAUGGCACAACGCCCGAGCCUCAGUAUCGAGGAAUGCCCGGUUCGCUGUUAGAACGGCUUGAGAGACCCCGAGGCAGUACAAUUAGACGACAUCAUCGCAAUCUUUCCGUGAGCCAGAGAAGAAGAAGCAGCAGCAGUGUUGGUACUGCGGUUGGCAGUUUGAAAGGGCUCCAAAAGAAAAAAGCCCACAAACGUGGUCUCGGUCUGAGUUCCACUGGAAAUGGCAGGGAUACAAGUGCAAGGGCCAAUGGUACCGCGCCUCACACUAAUGGAAACACAACUAAGAACAACACAGUUACCGUUAACAGCAAAAGCGGUUCAGGUGAGGGCAAUAUACAAGAUGCUGAAGAUUUAGAUAUUACGAAAGUCGUUGGUUUUGAUACAGAUUUCCUUGGUGAACUGCUCUGUCCUCAGCGUGCAAUGUGCAAUAUGCGAUUUGAAAUGUGUGUUGAUGAUACUGUGUUCUUGGGAUUACCGAUACAUGUACAAGCGGAUGGACAAUGGAGGAAGAAAAAGUUCAGCAAGGCUCCUCGUUCGGUCCCGUCUACUUUAAUGGAAAAUGGUGGUAUCAAUGGACUGAAAGCAAGAAAACGGAAGACAGGUGCCAGAAGAGCAAGGCUAGGGGCUGAUGGCGACCGUAGGCUCAAUCUGAGUGGCGACGAGCACGGUAACAUUGAGUCUACUGGCCCCAAUGAAACUAAUGUUCUCAGCGAUGAAAAUGAAAGUGAUGCUAGUGAUAUCAGUGAUGUAAGCGAUGUCGGCAGCGAUGUUAGCGAUAGUGAUGGUGAUGGUGAUGGCGAUGACGGUACUAAAGUAGCUCAGGAGCAGGGAGAAAUCAGACCCGGAGGAUCUCAUCCCAACCGAAAGGCCGAUAACCUAAGUGCAAGUAUAUCCUCAUUACCAGAAUUCUCAGAUCCUCAAUCCCCAAUGAGAAUGUUUCAAGUCACAUUUGUUAUGACUCCUCCCGUGACAGAGUAUAAGUUUCGUGUUGACCAAAUGUACUAUUUUGUUCUGGCCAAUUUCGUCAAGACGCUGAGGACCGAACAGGCAAAGUCCAACUACGUUUGGAAUGAAGUAAAUACUAUGCUUAAAAUCCGUGAUAAGGCUCUAUCGACAGUGGAUGGGAAUGUCGAUGACGGCAAUAACAAUGGAGAAACCAAAAAAAAACGACUUUCACCUUAUGAAUUAUGUGAUGAGAUGAUUGAAAAAUCGUCGCUAGCUUUAGCAAUUGCACAAUUAUUCAACGCUAUUGAUAUCAGUGAUAUUGCUAAUCUGCGCAUCAACAACAAGUUGCGAUCCUUUCAAAUCCCUAUUGAAUAUGAAUUCACAAGGCUUCCGGCUAUUACUGAGCCAUAUUUAAGCCGAUCAUAUCUUACAUCAAUCUCUGACUUUGAUAAUAUUAUAAAUGAAGGAGUGGCAGUAGGGUCUGGCUCAAGUCAGUUUAACGUGUAUUGUACCAUCUUAUUGCUAGACUCACCAGACCGCAUUAUAAAAGAUAUCGGGGUAGACCCUUACUCACCCUUAGCAAACUUCAUUCGCGACAUCAACCCAACUGUGACAUUACAAACACUUGCUAAUACGAGUGGAGUGGAAGUGGGUCAUGUUAUUGAGCUUAUGAGGAGCUUGAUAUACUGGCGAAAGGCAAGACCAAUUGCUCCUUUGCAUCAUAGGAAUAUCUACGCAGUAUCGCCAUUGGCAUCCAUCGGUCAAAUUUACAAGUAUAUUCCACUAUUUAAAGAAGAAUUUCCGGCUCUACCAUCUCUACCACGGAUGUUGUCAAUGCUUUCAACAGGAAAACCGCGUUCAUAUGCAUUUCAUAUUCCCUCUCGAGAUCACAGGGAUGUUUACCUGAAUGCUUUGGGUUGGCUAUUCAAGUACGGGUUUGUGAUGCAGUUACGAACAUUUGUUUGGCUUAGAGUUACAAAGAAAAUAAAGAUGGCUGUUAACAGAGAUAUUCAGAACGAAGAGCAGCUACGUGAAAGUAUACGAGAAGCUGAGUCGACAAAUAAUGUGCAAGAUGAAAAUGGAGGUGACCUCAAGAAUACAGAUACAAGUACAGAUAACACGUCUAAAAGGGAUCCCGACAACAUACCAUCCACCAAUAACACCACUGAUAACAAGGCUACUACUUCAAACACAGCACAUGCCACCACCACUACUUUAAUUUCAGAGGUAGGUGGAAUCAAAAUCACCAGUACUACUACUCCAUCGGCUUCAUCUAACCACCUCAACGAAUUAAAUACCACUACUGAUGCUGCAGGCAGCACGGCCGGGGGGAAAUUUUCAUCCUCUUCAAGUCGAUCCGACGUCAGUGAUAUGUCUGCUGCUGCUGAAGACUGGAAGCAGGAUACCAUCCUACUAGACCCUACAACGGCAACACUUCUUCAGAAGAAGUGGAUCAACAAAAUAACAGAAAGCAAGCCUGCUGAAGUGGUGGCCUUGUUCAAUCGUGUUGUCAAGUAUUUCAAUGGACAUACCCCUAUGGAAAGUGUACUUCUGGUGGAAAACUUCCCCCGCCAAGACUUCCGCAAAGUACUAUCCACUUUCGACGAAUUUCUCAUUGUGGUACGUCAUUGGUGA